UCACCCACACCCCACUCCACCCCACUCCACCACCUCCAAGAUGAACUUCCGCGCUCUGUUCGCCGCCACCGUCGCCGCGCUCGUCGGCUCCACCUCGGCCACCACGUGCACCUCGUCGCAGCAGACCGCCGCGUACGUGGCUUUGGUGAGCAUCCUCUCGGACUCGUCCUUCAACCAGUGCGCGACGGGCUCGGGCUACUCGAUGCUCACGGCCACGGCGCUGCCCACGACGGCGCAGUACAAGCUCAUGUGCGCGUCCACGGCGUGCAACACCAUGAUCAAGAAGAUCGUGGCGCUCAACCCGCCCGACUGCGACCUGACCGUGCCCACGAGCGGCCUGGUGCUCAACGUCUACUCGUACGCCAACGGCUUCUCGUCCACGUGCGCGUCGCUGUAAGCAGCCUUAGUCGCCCGAUUCAAGCGUCUCCAUCCACAAGUUGCAGGCACGUACUUCUCUUCAGAUCAACUGCACGGCUUGAGCAGGUCAAGUGUGUAUGUAGCUAACUGUUUUCGAGCACUUAUAAGGCUUUUUGAAUGAUGAUUUUUGUUUCCAGUUGA